CUCCCUGUGUUACAAACAGAUUGGAACCUUUAUGGUUCUCUUAGAACGAACCUAAUAAACAUUAAUAAAUUAGAAUAUACUUGGAGAAACUCGGAAGCAAGUAUGGUACUAACUGACGGGUCGAAGAUAGUGAAUGAUUUGGGAAAGAGGCAGAAAUGUGAAUUUAUGAAACCUCGCGAUGCGAUCUUCCCAAUUCGGUUAUAUCUAAGUGCGAGGAGAAAUUUAUGUAAAUUUUAUCUAGUGGGAAGAUCUGGUGUAACUCCAUUUGCGACUAGUACAUCUCGUAACGAGCAAAGUGAGGAAACAUAUAUCGCAGAUGUUAUAGUUCCAUUACUUCGAACGAGUUGGAAAACCUUCUGA